AUGUCAAGGUCCGCGACACCUGCGUUGCCGCUGCAUAAUGCACCAAACUCCGAGUCUUUGCGACCCCCAUCCUCAACUCCAUUAGGGGCCCGGUCGGUCGCACCGUCGACAAACUCGACCUCCACCUAUUCAUGGCUCGAACCUUACGAAACAGCUGAGCGAUUGAAUACGUCCCUAAUUCAUGGUCUGACACCUGCGGAGGCGGAAAUUCGACUUGCCCGGGAUGGCCCUAACGAGCUCCCCCAUGAGGAGCCGGAGCCGUUGUGGCUACGUUUUCUAAAGCAGUUCAAGGAGACCUUGAUCCUUCUCCUCCUCUCAUCUGCUGGGAUUUCAUUUGUGAUGGGCAAUUACGACGACGCGGUUAGCAUUACCCUUGCAGUGACAAUCGUGGUGACCGUUGGCUUUGUCCAGGAGUAUCGGUCGGAGAAAUCUUUGGAGGCUCUGAAUCGUCUUGUUCCACAUUAUGCCCACUUAAUUCGUGAUCUCCCAUCGACAAACACUGCUGUGGAUAAUUCAAUUCCUGAACCAAGUGAGGAGCUGGGUGGAUUAAAUAGCACAAGCCCCGGUGCAGCAUCCGCAGCCAUCAAAGCAUCCACCACUGUCCCUGCCAGCGAUCUAGUUCCCGGAGAUUUGGUCCUCUUCUCGACCGGCGACCGCAUCCCGGCCGAUAUCCGCAUCACGGCCGCAACCGACCUUUCGAUAGACGAGUCGAACCUGACUGGCGAAAAUGAGCCGGUGGUCAAGUUUUCCGCAGCCCUUCACAGCCACAAGCACGGAGUUCACCAGGCGCCGAAAGUUGUUAGUCCCCCUCGCUCGCCCUUUUACGAUGCCCCGGCCACUGGUGCUGUUGGGGCUGAUGUUCGUCUGAAUGAACAACACAACAUUGCGUUUAUGGGAACGCUGGUUCGAUCUGGAUAUGGCCAAGGUAUUGUUAUAUCCACAGGCGCAAAGACAGAGUUUGGGAGCAUCUCAGCGUCACUCCAGGAAAUUGAAAGCCCGCGAACGCCUCUCCAGCUUUCGAUGGAUCGAUUGGGCCAAGAACUCAGCUAUAUCUCGUUUGGCGUUAUCGGAUUAAUCGUGGUCAUUGGCCUUUUACAAGGCCGUAAACUACUCGAAAUGUUUACUAUUGGAGUUUCUCUCGCUGUCGCCGCUAUCCCAGAGGGUCUGCCUAUUAUUGUCACCGUCACCCUUGCCCUUGGCGUUUUGCGCAUGGCGAAGAGAGGCGCGAUCAUGCGCAGACUUCCCAGUGUCGAAACCCUGGGCUCUGUGAAUGUCGUUUGCAGUGACAAGACUGGCACUCUGACCCUUAACCAUAUGACAGUCACUAAAAUGUGGCAUUUUGAUUCCAGUGAGCCUUUUGAGGUUCAACGAGACGUGACUUCCGUGCUGUCUCCCGGGCCCGCUGCCCGCACGAUUCUUCGUGUUGGUAACAUUGCGAACAAUGCCAGACUGUCGCGCAUGCAUGCCAACUCGCCGGCCAGUGCCUCGUCCGCAGCAGUCUUAUCUUCAACAGUUGAUCGCGACUCGGCCGCCGUGAAGAGUCGCUGGGUUGGCCAGCCUACUGAUGUUGCCAUUUUGGAUCUUUUGGACAUCCUGGGAGAAGAUGAUGUCCGCGAGCGUAUCAGUGCUCGUGUGUCUGAGACACCAUUUAGCUCUGAACGUAAGUGGAUGGGUGUUAUUAUUGGCAGUGGUAGCCCUGGCGAUUCCGAUGUUGCCUAUAUCAAAGGUGCCCUCGAGCAGGUUCUGGCUCGCUCCGAUACUUAUUUGACCAAAGAUGGUCGUGAGGUCAUUCUUGAUGAACCUCGCCGAAUGGUCAUUCGAGAGGCCGCCGAGCAGAUGGCCUCGGAAGGCCUUCGAGUUCUUGCCUUUUCUAGUGGUGCUGUCCGCGAUGCCUCCCGGGGCAUGAGAGGAUUCGGCAGCCGCUCUGGCACCCCUUCGUCCAAAUCCAGCAGCCCUGCCAACGAUGAUGAUAGGUAUAACGGAUUGGUAUUUGCCGGACUGGUGGGUAUGAACGACCCCCCUCGACGAGAUGUUCACAAAUCUAUUCGCCGUCUGAUGGCUGGUGGGGUCCGAGUAAUGAUGAUUACUGGCGAUGCAGAGACAACUGCCGUGGCCAUUGCCAAGAAACUGGGAAUACCUGUCAACGAAUCUGCAAAUGCCCGAUCUGUGCUCCGGGGUGACGAGAUUGAUCACAUGAACACUGCCGAGCUCGCCCAGGCCAUUUCGACCACCUCAAUCUUUGCCCGCACAAGCCCCGAUCAUAAAAUGAAGAUCGUGCGUGCACUUCAAUCUCGUGGAGAUGUUGUUGCCAUGACUGGUGAUGGUGUGAAUGAUGCACCUGCAUUGAAGAAAGCAGACAUUGGCAUUUCGAUGGGCAAACUUGGCACUGAUGUGGCUAAGGAGGCCGCUGAUAUGAUUUUAACGGAUGAUGACUUCUCUACAAUCCUCCGGGCGAUUGAGCAGGGCAAGGGAAUCUUCUAUAAUAUUCAAAACUUCAUUACAUUUCAGCUCAGUACUAGUGUCGCCGCGUUGAGUCUUGUACUGCUGAGCACCACACUUGGGUUCAAGAAUCCACUUAAUGCCAUGCAGAUCCUGUGGAUUAACAUUCUCAUGGAUGGUCCACCAGCCCAAUCCCUAGGGGUUGAACCUGUCGACCCCUCGAUCAUGAACAGACCCCCGCGCCCUAAGCAUGCGCGGGUACUCACGAAGCCCCUCAUCCAACGAGUCCUCACAUCAGCUAUGAUUAUCAUGCUCGGCACGCUUGCUAUCUAUAUUCACGAGAUGGGCGAUGUGACCGAUGGCCAGCCAAUUGGCAAAAGGUCCCGCGUGGUCACCAAGCACGAUACCACCAUGACGUUUACCUGCUUCGUCCUCUUUGACAUGUUCAAUGCAUUGACCUGCCGCAGCGAAAGCAAGUCUGUGCUGCGCGGCGAACUCCCACUGUUUGGAAAUAAGAUGUUUAAUUACGCCGUCCUCGGCUCAUUGGCUGGCCAGGCAUGUGUCAUUUAUCUGCCCUUCCUGCAAAGCAUUUUCCAGACCGAGCCCCUCAGCUUCGGAUCGCUGCUCAAGCUAGUAUGCCUUGCCAGCUCCGUUUUUUGGGUUGAUGAGGGCCGCAAGUAUUUCCAUGCCUUCAAUCGCCGGCGUGGUCUCGGAGCUGGAUACAGUGUCAAUGUCUAA